AAUGAUCGCAGGCUUCCAAGUUUGAAUCCAAUCAGCUCUUUCUCCAAUUCAUUUAUCAUUUUUUUUCCCAGAUCGUGGAAACAAGGCCGUUUCUUCCCGGGGAAAAUCCUUUCUGAUUUUACUCCCUGCUCUGCAUUCAAUCCAUUUCCCUUUUUGGAUUUCUUUGCUUUUUCUUGUUUUGGGAAUUGGAAUUACUGUUCCCCCAAAUUCCCCUCUUUCGAUUCUCCCCAUUUUUUAUCUUCAUCUCUUUAUUUUGCUUUUUGAUUUUUGAUUCUUGGGCCGUGUUUGCCUGUUGCGAAUCCGGUAAUUUUCCUCUUUGAUUUUAUAUGGUCCGUCGAUUCUCUCCGAAUUCAAUGGGUGGUUUUUCUGAUCCGACGGUCGGUAGAGGCAAUUCUUUCGUUGUCCCCCAUCAUUGAGUUUCAUUUUUUUUUCCAUCUUUCUCUUUUGGCUUUUGCUUGAUCUUCUACUUGGGGGAGCGAAUCUUGUUAAAAAGGAAAAGAGAAAUAUGAGGAUGGUGAAGUCUCAGAUAUGGCAGCCCUGCAAGAAGAAGAGGUCUUGAUCGAGAGGAUCUAGAGAGGGAGAGAGAGCGAGAAAGAGAGUCAAAGAGAGAGGAGACGAUUAUUGGAAAUGGACGGCGGCGGUGGGAGAUUGAAGGCAUCGAGUUCGAGCAAUGGUGGAAGAACACGCGUGGGAAAAUACGAGUUGGGUAGAACCCUAGGCGAGGGCAACUUCGCCAAGGUCAAGUUUGCUCGGAACCCGGAGACCGGCGAGAACGUGGCGAUCAAAAUUCUCGACAAGGAGAAAGUUCUUAAGCACAAGAUGAUCGGUCAGAUUAAACGAGAGAUAUCAACAAUGAAAUUAAUUAGACAUCCAAACGUCAUCCGCAUGAUUGAGGUGAUGGCUAGCAAGACGAAAAUAUACAUUGUGUUGGAGUUUGUCACUGGUGGGGAACUAUUUGACAAAAUUGUUAGUAGAGGCAGGAUGAAGGAAGAUGAAGCAAGAAAGUAUUUUCAACAGCUUAUUAAUGCGGUAGAUUAUUGUCAUAGCAGAGGUGUCUUUCACAGAGACCUAAAGCCAGAGAAUUUGCUGCUUGAUGCUAAUGGGGUUCUUAAAGUUUCAGAUUUUGGUUUGAGUGCACUACCUCAGCAAGUUCGGGAAGAUGGAUUACUCCACACAACAUGUGGUACACCAAAUUAUGUUGCUCCAGAGGUGAUCAACAACAAAGGCUACGACGGAGCAAAGGCAGACUUGUGGUCAUGUGGUGUAAUUCUUUUUGUUUUGAUGGCUGGUUAUUUGCCUUUCGAAGAUUCCAACCUGGUUGCACUGUAUAAGAAGAUACACAAGGCUGAGUUCACUUGUCCACCGUGGUUCUCUACAAAUGCAAAGAAACUAAUCAAAAGAAUUUUGGAUCCCAACCCCUCAACGAGAAUUACCAUUCCAGAGGUCAUUGAAAAUGAAUGGUUUAGAAAAGGAUAUAAGCCACCCACUUUUGAACAAGCUGAUAUUACUCUUGAUGAUGUAGAUGCUAUCUUCAAUGAAACGGGGGAUUCUGGUAGUCUUGUCGUGGAAAGGAAAGAGGAAGGACGACCUGCUGCUCCUCUUACGAUGAAUGCAUUCGAGCUCAUCUCUAAAUCUCAAGGCCUCAACCUCAGUUCUCUUUUUGAGAAACAAAUGGGGCUCGUUAAGAGGGAAACAAGGUUCACAUCCAAUCGACCUGCGAAAGAGAUCCUUUCCAAAAUUGAGGAAACUGCAGCACCAUUGGGUUUUGGUGUGAAGAAAAAUAACUACAAGAUGAAACUUCAAGGCGAAAAAACAGGUCGUAAAGGCCACUUAUCUGUUGCCACGGAGAUUUAUGAGGUGGCUCCGUCACUGUACAUGGUUGAAGUCCGCAAGGCUGGAGGAGAUACAUUAGAAUUUCACAAGUUUUAUAAGAACCUCAAGACCGGGCUGAAAGACAUUGUCUGGAGACAUGAGGAGGAUGCAGAUGAAGAAGAUAGCAGUGGUGCAAGUGUGUCGCACUCGAGGUAAAUUAUAUUGUUUCAUAUCGGUUGAAGUUUAAGAGAGUGGAUAAUAUAUUACAGUCCACUUUUUGUAUGUUGAUUUUGAAAUCAUAUGAUAUUCUUGUCAUUGGAUACGAAUGAUAAGUUCUCCCCGCGGAUUGGAUGGAUGUUGCUUUGCUGACUGCUUACUUGACUCUGUGUUAUGGUUUCAUCCAUUACUGUUUAAAUAAUCACUAUUGUUCUUUUCUUUUUCCUAUGAAUAAAAUCAUUACAAAAUAGUUAUUUUA